CUCUCGCCAUUGGCACGCGGACAUCGUACGCCGGUAGGGAGAGUGGAUUUUCCAGCGUUCUCAAACUCACGUCGCGUGCUCAUGCUGUGAAAGGACGGAUCGAUUUUACUUGUAUUUAAACAAAAAACAACAACAAAAACAAACAAACAAAUAUCGAUUUCUUAAAGACAAAUACCGCUCUUUGAUAUUUCGUAACCAGACACAAGGAUUUUUAAGCAUGGAGGACAAGAAAAGCGAAAUUAACGGUCAUACUGUUACUGGGAUCUCGGUUCCAGCGGUUUCUAUUAAAUCGAAAAAAAUGAGCUUUAAAGAUAAAUUUAGGGUCUUUUUAAAUAGAAAUCGUUUAGUGAUUUUGACGGUGUCUGGGGUACUGGUGGGCGUCGGGCUCGGAAUGAUGGUCCGCAAUUUGAAUCUGACCCGAGCGCAAGUUACUUAUUUCGCGUUCCCCGGAGAGAUGCUGUUGAGGAUGCUGAAGAUGAUAAUCGUUCCUCUCGUGGUUUGUAGUUUGGUCUCUGGUGCUGCCAGCCUGGAUACCCGCUCCUUGGGGAAACUUGGAGGAAUCGCCGUCUCGUACUUUUUAGUGACCACUCUUAUAGCUUCGACAAUCGGGGUAGCCCUUGCCUUCAUCAUCAAGCCCGGCGUCGGUGCUGGAGCGCUGAACACCAACAACUUGGGGCUUGAAAGCGUCACCACCAACAAGGAGACGGCGGAUUCAUUUUUAGACUUGGCAAGAAACCUGUUCCCAUCUAAUCUGGUGGCUGCUACUUUUCGCUCAUAUGCCACUGAUUACAAGAUUAUCAGAGUGGCAAAUGGCACAAAUGGAACCCUUGACUACGAAAAGGUGCCAGUGGGAACAGACUCAGAAGGGAUGAACAUUCUUGGCUUAGUUAUGUUUGCCAUGAUAUUUGGAGUGGCCUUAAGGAAGCUGGGUAAAGAAGGGGAAGAGCUCAUACGUUUCUUUAAUGCCUUCAAUGAAGCCACCAUGGUGCUGGUGUCCUGGAUCAUGUGGUAUGUGCCUGUUGGCAUCAUGUUCCUGGUCGGCAGUAAGAUUGUGGAGAUGGAGGAUGUGGUUCUGCUGGUCACCAGUUUAGGAAAAUACAUCUUUGCCUCAAUCCUGGGCCAUAUUAUCCAUGGUGGCAUUGUUUUACCUCUUAUCUACUUUGGGUUAACCCGUAAAAACCCAUUCAGUUUCCUGUCUGGCCUCAUCACACCCUUCACCACGGCCUUUGCUACCUGUUCCAGCUCAGCAACAUUGCCAUCUAUGAUGAAGUGUGUAGAGGAGAACAAUGGUGUGGACAAGAGGAUCAGCCGCUUCAUCCUGCCCAUCGGAGCCACCGUCAACAUGGAUGGUGCCGCCAUCUUCCAGUGCAUUGCUGCUGUGUUUAUUGCCCAACUGAACAAUGUCGAGCUCAACGCAGGCCAGAUAUUCACCAUCUUGGUGACAGCUACAGCAUCCAGUGUUGGAGCAGCGGGUAUACCAGCUGGAGGAAUCAUUACCAUUGCCAUCAUUCUGGAAGCCAUUGGCCUACCCACCAAUGAUCUGUCCUUAAUGCUAGCUGUGGACUGGAUUGUGGACCGUACCACAACUGUGGUGAAUGUGGAGGGGGAUGCACUGGGUGCUGGCAUCUUACACCACAUAAACGAGCAGGAGAUGAAGAAGCUGAGACAGCACGGAGGGCAGCAGGAGGAACCGCAGCUACAGGAGGUGAAGGUGGAGGUGGAGGCUGUGGCCAACCUACAGGCUCGGGAGGAGACCUCUCCACUCAUUACACGGCAAAACCCGGGAGAUAACUCCUCACGCAAUACAGUGGAUGAGAAGGAUGGUAUGGAGUCCGUGCUGUGAAGUUUUGUGCCAACUUUCUUUCUUACUUACUUUCUUUCUUUCUUCCUGUCUUUGUCAUUUUUUCUUUGUUUUUUAAACCACUAAUUUUCAACCAUAUCAACUCAGAGUAUUUUUAAGAUGGAUGCUGCCUGUUUUCUCCUAUCUAAAACCUGGGAAUAAAUGCCAUAUUUCCAUUCAGUGAGUAUACAUCUGAGAGUAUAUUUAUGUCACAUUAGCACAUAGUGUGGACAACAUAGUGAAAUGAUUAGUGUGUUUUACAUUGACAUUGUCCUUUUUUGUGCCACAUUCAUUUUUAUUGAUCUCUAUUUGGAGAAAAUGUUCCCAAUUUGCAUGUUACAUAUCAUGUUAAGUCUAAAAAGGAAUAUUCCUCAUUUUAAGUAAGGAAAGAGAAUCAUUUACAGACUGACCUCUUGCUCUAUUUAUUUGCUAUAUUUUAACUUGCCAUGUAAAACAUUAACCAUUUUGAAGAUGGAUAAGAGAAUAUUUGCUGUAAAUAUUUGUGUCCCUAAUGGCAUGUCUUGUCAGGGUUUGGCCUAGUCCAGCUCUGACACCCAGAUGUGAUGAGGACUGCAUUGCAAGGUGACUAUUAAAACAACUAAUGCAUGUCACCUUUUGCUUCAGCUAGGCCAGGGUUUGUGUACUAGUAUAAGGUACACCUGAUUUUCAAAUCAAACUCCAAAUACUUGAAAAAUGUAAAUACUUGAAAAAAAUGCAUAAUGGAAAAAGUGUCAUGAAAACUAGCAUGGGUAAGAAAAGACUGAUUGGACAUACGCCAUGUGCAUUUGCAUUCUGAUUCUCAUAUUCACAUGGGUGUCACAAAAAAAAAACCAAAAAAAACCCCAGCUCUAACAAAAUACUGUAGUGACAUCCAGCACUAGAAUUGUGAUAGUAACUCUGUAAGCUAUUUUUGCUCAUUUUGAAGCCUGUGCUACAGACUGAAAACUGAAUAGAUGGCUGAUAGACCAGUACUAAACAAUAGUGGAUCCUCAAAAUAAUUUAGUUUGUUUUAUUUUCAUUCCAGACCCACAAGUUCAUGUUUGUCACUGGGUGCAAAACACCACUAGGUAUAUAUAUUUGGAAUGUAUUGAAAAUAACUGCUAAGAAAGCUAUGAAUAACUAUGUAAUUUAUUUUAAUUUGUCAUUUUCUGCACACAAUUUGUUGAACAUUUGUUAAAUGACCUGUCAAAUCAGUAGUGUUUUUGACUCUUAACGAACUAACUUAAACUUUGUUAUUUUCUAAAACUGUUAUUGUAACACUUUAUAACUACUGCCUAUACUUGUGAACUGUUACUUAUUAAAUUAAGAGCAAUGUAGUAGGAGCAGUCUCUUCCUGAUGACACUGCACUGAUUACCGCUUUUACGAGUAAACGAAGCAUAUCUGUUUAAAA